UACUGGCACUGUUUCACAAUGAAAAAAUUAUGAAUUCUCCGUGUUACACAAACCAAAACAACUAUGUGGAAAGUGCCCGGGUAUAUUUAAAGCAGGACGCCACAUGCACAAUUGUAAUAAAAUGCUGCCUUUGCAGUGCCGACGCAUUCACUGGCGUCGGAUGGGAUGCGUUCAUGACACAUUUAAGACGCCAACACACAGAUGCUAUAAAGCUCGACGGCGACGAUAGCGAAAUACAGGACGAAGUAGAACUAGAAAUGGCAAAUCUAAAGGAUGCCGAAGAUAAUAGCGCAUCAGAAACUGAGGAGGAGCAGGUACAGUCCUUUACAAACGUGGAGUUUCUCGAUGAAUCGGACGACAAUGAAUUGUGCCGCGGAUCGGCAUCAGAAGAGGAAAGCGAAAGCAGCCAAGCUAACUACGUCCAAAACACGCCCCAGAAACCCUUCUACAGUCUGCUUCGAACGAGUCCAGAGAUUAUCCAUUAUUUCAUAGACCUUCUGGAACAGCACACACAUCUGUGGCAAUCCCACAAGGGGCUGUUCAGAAAGGAGCGCCUGGAGAGUGCGCAACGGGUUUCGGAUGCGAUGGCCCAACGUUUCGGUUUCUCGCUUUUGCCGCAGGUGGUCUGCACGAGCUCCCGAUCCAUCUGUGCCUGGUUCGAGCGUCAGUUCGCCAGUAAGGUACGCAGCAAGGGCUGGUACUGUCGCUAUCCCGCCUACUACGACAGACUCGUCCAGUUCAUGCCCACCAACCACAUUACAGUCAUUGUAUGCGACGAGUGCAGGCGUAGCUUCCUCAACGAAUACCAACUGGAGGUGCACAAGUACAGAAUGCACAGCGGCCAGAAUCCCAACGUCUGUAGUGUGUGCAACAAGGGAUUCGGCUGUGCCUCCAAGCUGCUGGAGCAUCGGGCCCGGUACCACUUCAAGCCAGUGGAGUGGCAGUGCAAGCUGUGCUCCUACAACGCUCCCUCCAAGUGGGACUACCAGCAACACCUCACCGUGCACUCCGGCCAGCGAAACUACACGUGCGAAGUGUGCGGCCAGUCGUACAAGAGCACGUCUGCUCUCGCAGUACACCGGCGGACACACUCACAGCCCCGCCUGGCAUGUCCUCACUGCCAGAAACACUUUCGCGAGAAUUCUAUUCUCAAAAAACACAUUAAGAGGGUUCACAAACGCGAAAAUUCUAGAAACUACGCUUGCCGCGUGUGCUGGAGAAGAUUUCAAACCGUUGAGGUAUUAAAAUUGCACGAACGAACUCACGUAAAUUUUCAUCACAACGAACUGGAGGACGAUGCGGAUGACCCAGAAAUAGUCUCGGAGAUUUAAUAAAUGUUUUAUUGAUAUUUAAACACUAA